AUGGUGAAGAUUUUCGUGGGUAACGUGCCGGGUGCGUGCUCGGCGGCCGACCUGCGCGGCCUGUUCGAGGCCUACGGCCUGGUCAACGAGUGCGACGUGCUGGGCAGCUACGCCUUCGUGCACAUGGAGAAGGAGGCGGAGGCCAAGCGGGCCAUCUCGGAGCUGCGGGGCCGGCUGCUGCGGGGCUCGCCGCUGACGGUGGAGCUGGCGACGGCGCGGCUGCGGAACGCCACCAAGCUGUACGUGGGCAACGUGGCGGAGGCGGCCACCACCCGGGAGCUGCAGGGGCUCUUCGAGCGCCACGGCCGGGUGGUCGAGUGCGACAUCGUCAAGAACUACGCGUUCGUGCACAUGGAGAAGGAGCGGCAGGCGCUGGACGCCAUCCGCGCCCUCAGCGGCACCGAGCUGGCCGGCCAGCGCAUCUACGUGCAGCUCUCCAAAUCCAACCCGGUGCGGGGGCCUGCCGCGGCGGCCGGCAUCCCGCCCGGCCCUUUCCUGCCCCCAGCAGAGGCGGGGUCCCCUUUCCUGUUACCUCCGCCCCCACCCCCGGGUUUCCCGACCCGCCGCCUCCCUUACCCCCCACCGCCGCCCCCUCACCAUCCCCUGGCCCCCCGCUACUACCGUUACGACCCUUACGGCCGCCGCCUCUUGCCACCUCCUCUCCCUCCUUUGCCCCCCCUGCCCCCUCCUCCUCCUCCCCCUCCGCCCUACGCCCGGGACCCCCGCCGUGCCUUGCCCCCACCCCCACCCCCUCUGCCUCCCCCUCCUUACCUGAGGGGUGCCCAUCUCCGCUGUGGCCAGCACGAUGGUCACCUCAGCAACGGCUAUGGUAGCAAAAUUUGGGGCUAUUGAUUCAUAUUGUUUCAUUCCUGGGGAUGGGGGGGAUGUGCUGAGGGUAGGGAGUAGGAUGAGGGAUGCAGAGAGAAGAGGCAAGGGUUUGCACGUUCUCCCAGUGUCUGUGCGGGUUUCCUUUGGGUGCUCCGGUUUCCUUUCACAGUCCAAAGAUGUGCAGGCUGGGUGGAUUGGCCAUGCUAAACUGUCCAUAAUAUUCUCAGAUGUGUAGAUCUGUUACAGGGAAAGGGCACUGGGUCUGGGUGGGGUGCGCUGAGAGUCGGUGGGGACUUUUGGGCCAAAGGCCCAGUUUCAACACUGUAGGGAUUCUGUGAUCUAUGAAGGGGGAACUAGUGUACUGUAAAACCAGGGAGGGUACCGGAGGACCAUUGGGCUUCAAUGGUGAUGUUCACUAUGACAUCUAUUUGUUCCCCCCAAAUCAUGUCAGGGUGAACUGUUACCAUCCAGGGUGUGGGUGUCUAACACACUCUGGGAGUGUCUAAGGCCUGGAUGUUGCAAGCCUGCUCUACAGAUAUCGAUGAACCCAAUUACUGGAACAGUUCUCUCACUCGUCAGGACUGACAUUAGGAGGCAAAUUGACAAUGACUUUUGUAAGAGAUGGAGUACAGGCUGUGCUUGGGCAAUCCAUGCCGCAAAAGACUUCUGAGAUUUGGCAGCACUUGCUGAACAAUCCUAAAUGCACUUGUUGCACUUGAAAGUAGUGUGUGCCGGGGCCUGUUCUGUACAAGCAGAACUUCACGCUUCAAGCCUUUUGAAUUAUCCAGCACCAUGGUGUAGUUCUCUUCUGUUGGUUUCUCCAUGGCAGUUGGCUAUUUUGCCAGCAAAUUAGCAGCCCUUUCUCUUGCAGUAUAUAUUGUGAAAUUUGGCAUUCUUGUGUUUUGUCCUGAUGAGUGUUUGGCAGAAUGCUUAGCAAUAUCUCGAUCUUCAAUAGUAGCAUUGCUUGCUCCUCUCUUUCUCCCCCAUUCACCACCGUCAAUGCCCUCUGUCAGUCUGCUUUGGGUGCUAUGUAAAAGUUGUCCCCAUCUUAGUGCGUUUUUAAAAGGGGUGAAUCCUUUCAUUAAUGGUGGCAUCUGACCUGGCACUUGGCUCUGCAAAGCGAGCCGGAAUGCCUGUAUUUGAAAAUUUUAAUCUUCUUUAUCUCUCUUUUUUUUUCUUGUUUCAAGAGACGCUGCAGUUGCGGAUGGGCAACGGAAGACGUGGGCUGCGGAAGAUUGACUUUUUGCCACAAACCCACCCCCUUGCCCCCUCCCCUGGUGACAGCGCACAUCUGUCAGAUUAGGACAUGGACUGGGGCAAGGGGGUUUGGAAGUGGGGUGCUUGAGGUGAAGUUGCAAUGUAGCUGGGGGUGCCCAGAGCCCUGUUGCCAGUUUGCAGCGGCCCCAUAUUUUGCAUCUGUCUCUAGUUUGUGUUCCUCUGCUCCUUUCUGCUCUUUUUUUCCCCCCCCGCCCCAAAUCCAGCUCGCCGGGGGUUGACCGAAACAGUCCGCACUUGGGUCGGCGCUAGUAACUGAAGCCUCGUCCGUAUAAAAGUUAACCGGGUUUGGACUGGCAUCGGAGGGGGUGAAAGUGUGACCGAGCCCAGAUUGGCUGCCGAAUGGCUGUUCCGUCUUUAAAAGGACCGCCGCUGUAGAUUUGCUUUGCCAGUAACGUGUGAACUGUAACCUGUUGCUUUGUCUAUCGCAGUGGGUUGGGGGUUGGGUGUGGGUGGGUGGCAGAGAAACGGACGCGCUCAGUUUGAUGUGUAGAAUGUCGGAAAGCAAACCAUUUUGUAACGUGCCGACAAGUUGUAAUUGCUUUUGCUUUUAUUCGGACGUCACGUUCUUUUUUUUUACAAAACACCUAAAUCGGCUAGCAGACGAAGACGGUGUAGAAACCAAUGUAAUCGCCUCUGUACUUGUCGUUUCCUAUUCGACCUUGUGUGAAUAAAAUUUGUGACGGCU